UUGCCAAUCUUCUUAUGCUAUUUUACUCAAAAGCCCAUAUAAAGGAGAAGAAGGGAGGAGACUUGACUGGGUGAAAAAAGAAAAGAAAAACUAGUUGAUGAAGCAAGGAAGCUCAACUGAAAUUAUUACACAACAUGGGUCUAUAAAAGCCCAAAGGUGCUAGGCUGUUGCUUCAUUGCGUAAUUGAAGAGAAAUAAUUGUUUAUAUUUCACAUACAAGUACUGAAAUGAGGCUAAUUAAGCAGCUGUUGGUUGCUUUAGUAAUAGCUUCAUUAUUAGAGGGAUGGUGGAGCUGUGAUGGUUGUUUGGAUUAUGAGAGAAAUGCUCUUUUGCAACUCAAGGCUUCUUUCAAACAUCCUGGACACAUGUCACUCUCUUCUUGGGGAUUACUUACUGAUGACUGUUGUAAAUGGGCAAAUAUUGACUGCAACUCCACCGGUGGACGAGUUUCCAAACUCAGUAUUUGGCACGUUGAAUGGACCGCUGAAUGGACUGUUGAAUGGACCGCUGAAUGGUGCUUCAAUGCCUCUUUGUUUCUUCCUUUUCAAGAAUUGACGAGUCUUAGCUUAAACAAUCGUAUUAUUGAUUGUGUUGAGAAUGGAGAUUUUGAAAGAUUAGAAAGGCUCAGCAAGUUGGAGUUUCUUGAUUUAGAAGGUAACUUGUUCAACAAGGAGAGCAUUGUAUCAUCUAUUGGCCAUCUUUCAUCUUUAAAAUCAUUGAAUUUGGCCUACACUGGAUUGGAAAGUGUAACUGAUAUUCAAGGACUAUCAAGUCUUCAAAAUUUGGAGUUUCUUGAUUUGUCAUCCAACAACUUCAGUGAUAGCAUCAUACCAUUUUUACGCAUCUUUCCAUCUUUAAAAUCAUUAAAUUUAGCCGGCAAUAGAUUGAAGAGUGGUAUUCAAGGUUAGCUCGAAUUGUGAUAUCUUUUUAUUAUAAUUGAUCAGGAUUUUCCUUUUACUUAUUUAUUUAUUUUCAAUUUUCAAGUAAAACUUUGACUGAUACUCUUUUAUGACUUGUGAAGGACUAUCAGGACUUGAAAAUUUGGAGUUUCUUGAUUUGUCAUCCAACAACUUCAGCAAGAGCAUCAUACCACUUCUAAGUGUAUUUUCAUCUUUAAAAUCUUUAACAUUGAUGGACAGCAAAUUAGAAAAUAUAACUGAUUUUCAAGGUUAGCCCAAAUUGUGAUAUUUUUAUAUUAUAAUUUUUCAAUGUCUCCUUUUAUUUAUUUUUCAAUCUUAUUCAAGCACAAAUUUUAACCAAUAUUUUUUUUUAUUUUGCUUGUGGAGGACUAUAGAGACUUGAAAAUUUGCAGAUUUUUGAGUUAUUCACUUGUGAAAAAUUAAGGUAAUUUGCAAAAAGAACUUUUUAAGAAAAUUGAAAAAUAAAGUAUUAUGUUCAUUUGCGCCAAUUUUCCAAAUUAAGAGUUGAAAAUUUUUCAUUUUCUCAAAAUUUAAUUAAACCUUUGAAGAGAUAAAUUUUAAGUUUUCCGUCAUAAUAAAAUUACUCUUUUUCAACCGUUAAAAAUAAUGACCUUCUUUUUUUUUUUUUUAUAAACAAAGCUAUGCUAUAACUUUUCUGUGACUAAAAUUGAAUAAUUAUUUAAGAAAAUAUUUAUUUUACAAUAAUAAAAAUUUAAUAUUAUAAAAUAAAUAGAUAAAUAAUAUAUAUUAAAAAAUUUAAAAGUAUAAUAUAUAUAUAUAUAUACACACUUUUUUUAAGAAAAAAGAAAAUUACAUGUAAAGUCACUAACUAGAACUGCUUUGGUGCACAAUUGAAGGACUAUCAAAACUUAGCAAUUUGGAAUUUCUUGAUUUAAGUUUUAAUGACAUCAGCAAUAGUACAUCUUUCAUCCAUUGGUGAUCUUUCAUCUUUAAAAGAAUUACAUUUGGAUGAAUGUGGAUUGAGAGGUACAGUCGAUAUUCAAAGUGAGUUUCACUUUCUCUUUUUCUUUCUAUUUAUUUAUUUAUAAAAUAUUAUUUCUAGUUUUCUUACGAACUCAAUAACAUUCCACAAUUAUUAGAUGAACAUGCUAAUUAUAUAGGAUUUGUUUUACUUCUUCUUCUUAUAUCUAGAAUUGGAUGCUUUGGGCAACUUAAAGGUACUGAGCCUAGGAGGAAAUCAAAUUACCAAAGUUGUGGACUCAAGAGGUAUGCCAGUUAAAACAAAGUUUGAUACAUGCAUUAAUAGUUGGGUGGUCCUGGUUGUUGGUUUUUAUUGUAUUUUCAAUAUAGAUUCCAAUUCCAUAAAUUAAAUAUUACAUAUUUUCUCUAUUAUAUCACAAAACAUAAUUGUAUUCACUAGUGAAGCAAUUUGUUACAAGUAAGUGUGUGUGUAUAUAGACUAGCCUUAAGCCCCGUAGGCUAAUAUGAACAAUAAAAUACAACCCUCCUUUGCUAAGAUGUCCAAAGUAUAAUAUAUAUAUAUAUAUAUAUAUACACACAAACACUUUUUUUAAGAAAAAAGAAAAUUACAUAUAAAGUCACUAACUAGAACUGCUUUGGUGCACAAUUGAAGGACUAUCAAAACUUAGCAAUUUGGAAUUUCUUGAUUUAAGUGGUAAUGACUUCGGCAAUAGUACCCUAUCAUCCAUUGGUGAUCUUUCAUCUUUAAAAGAAUUACAUUUGGAUUAUUGUGGAUUGAGAGGUACAGUCGAUA